UUAAACAAACGACAGAGUUUCGACGUGAGCAAAGUUUGGCAAUGACGGCUUGCGCUGUAUGAGAUAACAGCAACAACCGCAGAGGCAGGCUGCGAAUUGCAUCAACGAAAUCAUACGAUCGGUGACCAAAUACCGUGUUAGACCAUAAUUCAUUACCAGUUCACAUCACCCGUGCUCUCCGUCCUGAAGGCCAAGAGUCAGGUGGCAAAGAAUAUCCGGCGAGGCAGGAUUUUACGCGCCACUUCCCCAAACACUGACACACUGCCGACUUCUGUAUCGAAGAUUUUAGCUGCGCCAUGUUGACACCAACAGCUUUGGUUGUAGGGUCUUUCCUAGAGGCAGCAUAAAUCCUACUACUACAGACAAGCUUGUAUGCAACAAGGGCCAGUUACUCGCUAAGCUAAGUGAAUACCAAAUGAUAGCCCAUAUCAGCUAUCAAGCGCUAAAGCUGGCUGCACUGUCGGCACGUGCUUUUUUGAAUGCUAACUUGUUCCAUCGUGAAGUGUGCAUUCGUUGAAAAGUGACAGGAAGUAGGAGUGCAGGAAUUAAAAUUCAAGAAACCAUGUUCCGAGCGGGUCGUACUGUUUGGCGAUUUGUCUACCUCUGCAGUUGUGCUCGUCGUGUUAGUGGAGGUGUUGUAGUCGCAGCGGCUACAGGCGGUGCCAUGGUGUAUAAAAUUUUGUGCGAAUCGCCAGUGAAACUCAGAGAGGCGCUCGACACGUCAAGCUUUCUAGCCAAAACUAUAACACCACUCAAAGAAUUGCAAGCACGAUCCGAUGCAAUUCCAACAAAAAUGGAACUGAUGAUAAUGGACGUUCAAAGCGACCUCGUUAACAAGUUACAGAAAAUCGAAGCACAGUACUCAGAUGCGAAAUUUCGGAUUGAUCGGUGGGAACGCCAAGAGGGCGGAGGUGGAAUCGCCUGCGUCUUACAGGAUGGCAAAGUGUUUGAAAAGGCUGGAGUAAACGUAUCUGUUGUUCAGGGCGCACUUCCACCCGAAGCUUUGCAGCACAUGAAAGCACGCGGAAAGGAUUUUGGAGAACCACCAUUUGAGUUCAAAGCCAUGGGUAUUUCCUCGGUAAUCCACCCACGAAACCCAAAUGUGCCAACGGUUCACUUCAACUAUCGUUACUUCGAAGUCACAGAUAUCCGUGGACGCUUAACAUGGUGGUUCGGUGGCGGUUCCGAUCUUACACCCUACUACCUAAAUCGGGAUGAUGUUCGACAUUUCCAUCAAACGCUGAAGAACGCUUGUGGUCGGCACUCACCAAGAUACUACUCUGAGUUUAAGAAAUGGUGCGAUAACUACUUCUACAUUAAGCAUCGCGGAUUUGCACGAGGCGUUGGCGGAAUCUUUUUUGACGAUUUAGUGGACAAAAAACCGGAAAAUAUCUUCAAGUUUGUGGAGGAGUGCGCAAGAAGCGUCAGUCCGUCGUAUAUUCCGCUUGUACUUAAGAACAAAGACAAAGGCUACGGAUACAGAGAGCGUGACUGGCAGCUUGUACGGCGAGGCCAUUAUGCCGAAUUUAACUUGGUGUAUGAUCGUGGUACUAAAUUUGGCCUCUUUACCCCAGGAGCAAGGUACGAAGCAAUUUUGAUGUCGCUGCCGCUGAACGCACGUUGGUAUUACGAGCACGAACCGGAGCCAGGCAGCGAGGAAAGCAUUCUGCUAGAAACCCUAAAAAAACCUAUUGAUUGGGUGUAGACUGGACUUCUAACAAACCUAUUUUAUUAUUAGCAAACAAGCUAAUGUACAUUGCAAAAUUCAUGUCCAACGAGGCUGCAUGGAUUAGUAUAUUUUAAUUGAGAAAUGUGACAAUAUCUUACCAAGAUAUUAUAUAUAUAUAUAAAAUCGCUAAAUAUGCUAUUGCGGCAUUGGUGUCGCAGCAACCAAUAAUUGUUAUUGUUAUUAUAAUAUACAAUUAUUAUUAGUAUGAACCUUUUAUUGACUAACAAUGCGUAGGAAACACGGCAGGGGUAACAACCUAGCAAGGAUAGCACAUUGAAUUACAGAAAGAAAAUGCGGCGGAAAGUAAUUUACAAUUUACUUUUCAAAUGCUAAGCAUUGCCAAAGUAGUUGUGCUUUUACUCAAGUACAGACAAGCAAAACUUGCGAAUGAUCCUUGCUUACAGCGAAGCUGUAUUGACUCUUCAAAAAUCAUCUUCCAUAUGCUUAAGCAAUGAUCGAGAGCAGAUAUGGUAAUCAAAACUAUAAUGAUGUGAACGAUCAUUAUCAUCCCAGUAUCUACAACGUACACUUCUGUACGUUGUAGAUACUGGGAUAAUAAAACGUUGACAGUGCUUACAUAAGUAUGUUCGGUUUACAAUAAUAUUUUUACAUUGUAAUUUUAGAGUCUGUUCUAAUAAUGUGACUCUGUUGGAUAUAUGCAAAGUAAGUGACUAAUUACUGUUUAGUCAUUAAAGGAAACUGCAAAACCACUAAGUCUUGUGCAAAUUAUUAUGUGAAAAUCUAUUCUAAUAUUUUUACAUUUUUUACUAUCUAAAUCUCAAGGUAAAGUACGUAGGAUCUACGUAACUACAUUAGAAUGCUGAAAAAGAUUAAUGAUAAGAUUCGAUAGAGUAUUUCAUCUCUUAAUUGUGGGUCGCUAAAGUUCAAUAAAGACACUGUUAUGUUUUUUUUCUCUAAGAAAGUUAUGUCUAAAUAGUGUUUGCUACAUAUGGCGUGCCCAUUCUCCAUCAUAUAUGAAAGCAUCGAAAACCGCCAAGAUCCUAGAUGUAAACCUUUCAAAAAGAAAACUAUAGACAAAGUUUUACGACCGCAGAACAAGUAACUCCUGGCUUCAAACGCUAUGGCAGAAUAUAAAUAGAGAGAACGCGGUUGAAAUUACAACGGACAGCACUGUGAAGAACACUAAGUUACCAGUUGUAACCUAUGUUUUAGUAAACACGCACAAUCCAUAUACUCGAGUUAUGUGAGUGACAUGUAAAAAUAAAUGGGACCACCUUCUGAAAGGAUUGGGAUCUUUGAACUUGAAUCCUUUAGCUAAAUAGAUAUUGUCGAUAUAGCCGAAAAAUAGCCGAAAUGGCUUUAAUUAAAUAUAUGCCAUAUAUGUUUCUCUAGCUGUUAGCGUCGGACUAGUUUAUCACUAGCGAGCGACCUUUCUCUAUAAUUAACAUUUAUAAUAUUUCGUUUUCCGAGAGCUAAACAAUUUACCCAAAGAACACAAAUUACAGAAAGACAACAAUAUUCAUUUAAAGAACGCAAUAAGGCAAAUUAACAAGAUCUUAUUCUCCUACUAUUAAAUACAAUAAUUUAUAGCAAUACCUUAAAUGUUGUAAUAAUUCACAAUGAUUUAGGAAACGUAUUAGUAACAUUAUUCUGCUGCUGCUGAUUUCAAUAGCGUUGCUUAUACUCGUCAUUUUCAGUAUCCUUUUGACGUUCUGCAAAACUUUGUAUAUACCGAUUGUUUUAAGACCUUCAUUUAGAACAUGCUAAAUGAUGUUGUAUGACUCGCCCAAAUGUUGUUGUUGGAGGUGUUCAGGCUUCUUACGAUACAUUUCCAGCAACUGCUUUAAGGACCUUCCUAAUCCGUGUUAUUUUUCCUAUCCAUCGAUGCAUCAUAUAUCUAUCCUUCUUUUACAAAAAUUUUUCAGUGGAUAGUGUAUAGCAAUUUCAGGUGGUGUCAAGUCUCAAUUGUUAAAUACAUUAUACUUUCGCAAACAUUUGUUUAAAGGACAAUGAUUCGUCGUAACUAAACUACGUUAGGUUUAUUCUCCGGCUCAUGUCUGUUAUAGAAUGAUAAUUUACAAUUGGAAACCAGACCUGCAGUGAUAAUUUCGUUAUUAGACGAAAAUUUUAAAAGUGAUUCCCGAAUAUAUUGAUGACGCUCUAUACAAGACAUAAAAAAAUUAGGUUAUCGAUAUGUAACACGUUAAUUGCAAAGACAAACAACAUCAAAUAUAGCUAACCGCCAGCACAAAUAUUAUGUGGAUAUUCCCUGUGCGCCAUUCUGUCUUCGCUUUCUUAAUUACUAGGUCAUGGUCCAGUUCACCGUGAAGCCCUAUAUAUGAAGUCUCAAUAUUCGUCUCCCUCGAUUUGUCAAGUGCGGCGUUUCAAAUGAGUAUCCGAUUGCCACAAAAGCGUGGUCAGUAUUACCAACCAUUUCUGUAAACCUGCAGGAUAGACAGGAUACGGCGAAGUUGCAGGCACACGUUUCACAGGCACACGUUUCACAGAUACCCGCGCGCGCUUUGGAUAUAACACUAAGAAGUAACGGUAGAGCGGAGGUAAUAUUUUGACCAAAUUCUGCUGUUUUUGACUACCUAAAUUUUGAUAAUUUAAUCAAAAAUUAAGAACUUAUCGUUUACCUACAGGUGCUGCUGCUGCCUUUAAUACGGAACGACGUUUCUGAAAAAUUUCGGUAAGGUCAUGAAAAAAAACGCCGUUUUCUAAAAAAACGACUGAUCCGAACGUCAAGAGAUAACAUCAUCAAAUGGCACAUGGAUGCAAUCACUGAGCUGGUUUUGAGCCACAUCUUACUAUUCGUAGAAGAGCGUGCUGACGUCGACCAGACUGUAACAAAUAUAUUUUAGGGCUAUAAAUAUCGAAUUGGCAUUACCGUUGUGCGGAGGACAAUGACUAUAUCGUUUUAUGGACACCAAGAUGCUAGUUUUUUGAGUCCUUUUAGGUGUCAAUUGAAGGUAGCUGUUAUCGUCUGGUACUUCAUGCCUUUUAAGCACCAAAGCGCUAAAUUGGAGUCAUGCAUUUUUUUUGCAGGAAAUUGCUAUGAUGUUUUCCAAUCCAGUGUCAUCAAUUCAUUAUAGCCAUCUGUUAAUGAUAUUUGGCAUUUUAUUCACCACUGAAGGCCAAUUAGACCGCACCACCACAAGACAAAGCUUAGUUACGCUGAACCCAUGCAAAUACUACAACCCAAGAUACUCAUACGCGAUCAUAAAUUGCGUCUGGCGUGACCUUCCCUCCAACAUGUUGGAGCGAUACAAUACUCGUUUUAAAGAACUCGUGCAACUGGAUGACGAUGGAGUAUUUAAGUUACUUUGUCAAUCUACUGACCAGCGUGGGGAUCUUAUCCUUGAAGCGUUUGCUAAUGAGUAUACUAAGGAAAAUGAAAAGUUGUUGUUCCUCAAUGUUGUUGGCGCCUGUCAUACAGAGGUUAUGAAUGAAUUGCAUCAGGUUGGGUCUGAUUAAAUACGAACUAUUAUGAGGUCCCAGGCAACGAUUAUAUCAAGUUUAUCUUCGAAUAAAAAUCUGAUGGACUCCUGCCAUAUUCCAAGGCCAUCUAGUUCAACUCUAGAGGACAAAAAAUGCUGUCUAUUCGCCAGAAGGAAACGUCUAAUGGGUUUCGAUAGAUUUUACGAACUGCUCAAAUCAUCUGGGAUUGAGCGAUUUCCGUUGAACAAUCGUGACCCUUUAUGUCAAUUGUACUAAGCUCUGAAAGAUCAACUAAAGAGCCGUUUAUGAAUAAUACGUAUAUGCGCAUUGAUUUUGUAAUACAUUUAUAUUUUUAAUAAA